UCUGAUCGUGGCCCAAUGUAGAAGAAGCCUUCGUUUUUAAUCCCUGAAUUAGCCUUAGAAGCAAAACCUGGACACAACUGGCGGAGUAAAAAAAUGGUGUCGAUAAUCGUAUCUUCUUCAGCUUUACCAACGCGGCCCCUCAGCUCAUUCCCGACUCACUCUGAACGCUCCAACAAACUCACCUCACUGUCAUGGGCCUCUUCGUUUCCCAGUAUCGACAUAUCCAUUAACUCAUUCACGCUCCCUCCUGCUCCCUCUCUUAACAAGGGUCCUUUUGUUCAAGCUGCCUGGACCAGGAGAUCACGUGGUGAAGCUGCAAAGCAACCCAAUAGGAAAUCAUGGAAACAAAGGACCGAUAUGUAUAUGAGGCCAUUUCUACUAAAUGUUUUCUUUUCGAAGAAAUUUAUUCAUGCAAAAGUGAUGCAUCGAGGUACAAGCAAAGUGAUAUCAGUCGCAACCACGAAUGCCAAGGAUCUUAGAAACAAUUUGGCAUCACUCACAGACCACAAUGCAUGCAGAAUAAUCGGGAAACUUAUUGCUGAACGAUCAAAGGAAGCCGAUGUGUAUGCAAUGUCUUACGAGCCUAGAAAGGGUGAGAGAAUUGAAGGUAAGCUAGGCAUAGUUCUUGACACCAUUAAGGAGAAUGGGAUCAUAUUUGUAUGAGCCAAUCACACAUUGGUGUAGUAAAUUAAUUUCUGAACUGUGGGAAUGCAAUCAAUAUUUGAGCCUAUAGAUAUUAGAAUAGAAUCAAUUUUUGUGCUA